AUGGUGCAAGCAACUCCCUUGCUCCUCAUGCUCUUCCUGGCCCUGGGGGCUCACGGCCUCCCCCAUAUACGGAGGUGUAAGCUGACUGGGCAAUGGCAGAAUGACCUGGGCUCCAACAUGACCAUUUAUGAAGUAAAUAAAAAUGGUGACUUCACUGAUACCAUCACUGUUUUCACGGGCCAGUGCUUUGUGGAUAAGGAUGGAAAGGAAGUUUUGAAGACCAUGUGGCUGCUGAGAUUACACUCAGAGGAUCUCGCAAACGACUGGAAAGCCACCUUGGUUGGCUACAACACAUUCUGGCGCAAGGAAGAUCUCAUGGAUUGA